UGACCAAGAAGCAAAAGAAAUGGUUAUAAAAGGAGUACGUCCAAGUCCAUUUUCAGAAAAUACACCAGAACAAUAUGAAGAAAUUAAACACAAAUUUAAUGACUUGGGCAAUGUGCCAUCAUCGCCUUCAUCUCAAUUAUUACCAGUUGAGCGAAUAAUAACAGAACUCCACAAUAAAGGGAAGUACGAUGAAGCUUUUGUCCAAUUUGAGCAACUGGCACAAAAUGACGACCCUUUAGCCUUAUACUAUACUGGUUUAUAUCUCUACGAAGGAACUUAUGGUAGUAUUAAAAGAGAUGUAAUUCGAGCAUUGCAAUUUUUUCUAAGAUCUGCUAAGCAUGGUAAAUCACAAAGUAAAUAUAAGUAUGCUUAUGCCUGCCUCACAGGGCCUUAUUAUUCCUUUGAAGAAGGGAUAAAUUAUCUUAAAAUGGCUAUGAAAGAUAAUGAUCCUGAUGCUUUAUACAUGGCUUCUCAGAUAUAUUUAAAUGGAGAGCACGGCUAUUCAAUUGACAAUGCUAAAUAUCAAAAGUAUUUAAAAGAUGCAGCUAAAAAUGGAUCAACUAUUGCACAAAAGGAUCUUGCAAUACUGUGCAU